GCUAACUAGCAUCAGUGCUACACGGAAGCGCCGCACCAUGGCCUCACCCCCGGCGAAAGGGAAAGAGAUGGUCACGGUCACAAUGGCGGAGGAUGCCAGUGGGAAGGAGCAGGAUGAAAGUGUGCUGGUGACGGUGCAUCAGGCCAGGGAGGAAGUCUUUGCUGCCGCUCAAGUGGAAACAGAAGAUCCGAGUAAAAGCCAUGACCUGUCCAGCCAAGAAGCUGUGAUUGUGAAGCUGACAGAGGAGGUGGAUGUGGAAGCUGAUGUCUUCUACCCCAUCACCUGUGGCGACAGCAGAGCCACGCUGGUGUGGAAGAAGUUUGUCUGCCCGGGGAUUAACGUGAAAUGUGUGGAGUUCAACGAGCAACUCAUCAGCCCAAAGGAGUUUGUAUGCUUAGCAGGCAAGUCCACCUUGAAGGACUGGAAAAGAGCCAUUCGAUUCAACGGCAACAUGCUCAGGAAGAUCAUGGACUCCGGCGAGCUGGACUUCUACCAGCACGCCAAGGUGUGCUCCAACACAUGCCGCAGCACCAAGAUCGACGUGGUGGGAAACAAAGUGUCGGUCAGCUCCGAUCAACCUGCUGAAGCGGCCUCGUCCACGUCCUGCUUGAAUGGAGGAUGUGUUUCAGAGGAGCCCUCAGAGUGGGUGACGGCCAUUAGAGAGGACUCGCUCACAUUCUGGCGUGCAGUGAAGGAGGCGGGACUGCUGGAGGAGGUCAUGGAGGACUUCCAGAACGACCUGCAAGAGGUGCUAAAGGGGCUGCAAGAAAGAGUGUCCCAGCCGCCGCUGCAGGUCAAAGACGCUGCUUUGCUGAAUAACAUCGUGCAGAACUUUGGCAUGCUGGAUCUGGUGAAGAAGGUUGUGAGCAGUCAUAAGAGCCAGAUGGAUCACUACAGAGAGCAGUACACCAACAGCCUGGCUGCUCUGGAGCAGCAGUGUGAUGAGCACAGGAAGCGAGCCAAGGAGCUGAAGAGCAAAUCUCAGCACCUCAACAACGUGCUGAUGAACCUGGCACCUGCCCCCCCGCCACCCAAGCGCUCUCGAUCCAGCCGCUCCACCUCCAGCCCCGUCACCAUCAGCCCGGCGCCCACGCAGGUCACGCUGCCUCUCAGCCAGCUGAGCGGCGUGGCGCUCGGCAAGCUGCUCACCGUGGCGGGCGCUCCGGCGGCCUCCAACCUCAGCGGGUACACCCUGCUGACCUCGCCGCUCAACGGCUCGGAGCUGGUGGCCGACGCGUCCAACCUGACGGUUCUGUCCACUGUGGCGGGUCAGGAGGGGGCGCCCGCCGAGAGCACCUUUGUCAAAAUGCUGGGCCCUCAGUUCCAGCUGCUGACUCUGCCAGCCGCCAUACAGGGCCUGGCCGCCACUCAAAACAGCGGCGCCCUGGCACAGCCGCUCGGAAGCUUCACGGUGGUGGACGACAUUUUUCUACAGGGAGUCCAAGAUGAAGAAGGUCAAGCCAAUGAGGUGAGAGGGGAAGACAAUGAUCAGGGAUAGUUAGCUGAGGAAAUAGUCCUGAAUACUGAUCCACACUGUUAUUGAAACCCUCUGCUCAGUCACCCACUCUCUUUGUCUCUGUGGGUGGAGGUGGAGAAAUUAAGCCCAAAAUCAAAAAAAGUUGUCCCAUUUCAGAUAUUUCAUGAAAAUCCACCCAUAACUGUUUGAGUUUUUGAACUAGCAAACAAAGCCCUGGCGGAGGUAAUAAAUCAAGUUUAGGAUUUACUUGAA